AUGGGAGACUACGUCAAAGCAUUUCAAGAUGAGUUGAAUACUCUAGACAAAAAAUUUGCCGGUAACGGAGUUCUGGAACAGUUCGAAGCGAAAACUAAGCUUCCUAAGUCUUACGGCGUACUAGGCGCAGCAUCCUUGUACUUGCUGUUAAUCUUCAUCAACGUUGGUGGUAUUGGUGAGAUCCUGUCCAACUUCAUCGGGUUUGUUAUUCCAACCUACUAUUCGCUGGUUGCGCUCAAGACCCCAGGUGGCGCUGAUGACACCGAACUGCUCACCUACUGGGUUGUGUUCGCCUUUUUGAACGUAAUUGAGUUCUGGUCCAAGGCCAUCCUAUACUGGGUCCCAUUCUACUGGUUCAUGAAGACCCUACUCUUGGUGUACCUGGCUCUGCCACAAACUAGCGGCGCUAAGUACGUCUACAACGCUGUAUUGGAGCCAGUCACCUCCAAGUACAUCAAGGUCCCUCAGGCCCAAGCUGGUGGCGUCUCUUCUAAGAUGGAGGGCCUAAGCACUUCAGGCAAGACCACCGGUUUUGCUAGUCACUCGAACUAA